UCAUCAACGUGCGACAGCGUGAGUUUGACUUGUGUGGCGGGUGAAAGGCGGCAGUCAUUUCAGUGCAAAAAGUCGUUUAAACGCUUUAAUUUUUAAUCUUACAGUAAAUUUGUGGUGUUUUGUGGAUCACAGGAUGACUCAGUCCGUUGUUAUUCAAGUGGGUCAGUGCGGUAACCAGGUGGGCUGCAGGUUCUGGGAUCUUGCACUGAGAGAACACGCACAUGUCAACAAGAGAGGAGUGUAUGAUGAGGCUCUCAGCAGCUUCUUCAGGAAUGUUGACCCAAGGAGUGACAGAGGUAAUGGAGCUCCUGGAAGCACAAUUGCAGCACUCAAAGCUCGAGCAGUACUGAUAGAUAUGGAGGAGGGUGUUCUCUCUCAGGUCCUGUGUGGACCCUUGCAGCAGCUUUUCAGCUCCACUCAGCUAAUCAGCAACUCAUAUGGCUCCGGAAACAACUGGGCAGUAGGACAUCAUACGUAUGGUACUUUAUACCGUGAGCAGAUUGUGGAUCAGAUUCGGCGAGCAGCAGAACACUGUGACUGUCUGCAGUGUUUUUUUCUCAUUCAUUCUAUGGGGGGAGGGACUGGGUCAGGCUUGGGGACGUGUGUGUUAAAGCUCCUGGAGGAUGAGUUUCCUGAUGUGUGUCGGAUCGUCACAGCGGUUUAUCCUUCUGCUGAAGAUGAUGUCAUCACCUCUCCAUAUAACAGUGUACUUGCCAUGAGGGAGCUUACUGAGUUUGCUCAUUGUGUUCUACCUGUCGAGAACCAGUCUCUGAUGGACAUCGUCAGUAAGAUCCAGCUCAUGACCCACAGCCAUAAAGCCGGCAGUGUGGUGAAGAAGGACUGUACAAUAAUCUCAGGGAAAGGGGGCGUGUUCAAGUCCCAGAAGCCGUUUGAUGCCAUGAACAACAUUGUGGCUAAUCUGUUACUCAGCAUCACCAGCUCUUCUCGUUUUGAAGGUUCUCUGAAUGUGGAUCUAAGUGAAAUUGCUAUGAACUUGGUCCCGUUUCCACGGUUACACUACCUGGUGUCCAGCCUCACACCCCUGUACACACUCGCUGAUGUGAACGUUCCCACACACAGACUGGAUCAGAUGUUCAGUGAUGCCUUCAGUAAGGAGCACCAGUUGAUGACCUCUGACCCCAGGCGUGCGGUGUAUCUGGCAUGUGCGCUUAUGCUCAGGGGAAACGUCCAGGUGUCUGACCUACGCAGGAACAUCCAAAGACUAAGACCCACUCUGUCAUUUGUGCCGUGGAAUCAGGAAGGCUGGAAGACUGGUGUGUGUUCAGUUCCCCCAGUAGGCCACACCCACUCCCUUCUGGCUCUGGCUAAUAAUACAUGUGUGAGAUCGUCAUUUAGUGAGCUGAGAGAACGAUUCACACGACUGUACCGGAAAAAGGCUCACCUGCAUCACUACAUGUGUGUAGAAGGGAUGGAGAUGUCUGGGUUCAGUGAGGCUCUACACUCUCUGUCUGAUCUCAUAGAGCAGUACGACACUUUGACCUCACCGUCAGAGACACUUACCCACAAUGCACCACGCCUCUGCAUCGCCACCUAGAGAUCUCUACAUGUGUGUUUAUCUAACAGGUCGUCUGUCACCCAGUGUUGGUGUAUACAUGUGGUGCUAGAACUCAUACCUCACAUCUGUCUCUCUCUGUCGGCGUCUGUGUCUCUCUCUGUCUCUCUCAUGUGCAAUUGUGUUAAAUUAAUAAUUGUUAAUCUCUUUACUGAUUUAUAAACCUGUAGAUUUAUUUAUUUAUAUUUGUAUGUAGGUUUUAUGUAAUGAAGGUAAACUGAAAUAAAUCAAUAAUGAUGUUCUA